UUUACUGAGUGUGACGUCUCAUAGUUCUUUGGCGUUACACAAACUCACUCUCCUCCUCUACAACAUCUCUAAUUUCAGGGAUAUUGCAGACAAGUUCCCCACAAGACACUGCUACUGUGUGACCAACCAGACUAACGACCUCACAGAUUUCACGGCUGUGUUGCUGGAUGUGAUGGGGAACUCGACCAGUUAUCUACAGGAGCUCUUCAAAUCUAGUUCCAUUCUCUCAGUUAACCAGAAGAACAGUUCAGACUGCACUUAUAUUUGUGUCAUGGCGGGAAAAUCAGAGAAAGAACUAGAUGAGCUAUGGAACCUGGACUUAAUUACUCCUCUUUUUAACCAGACAAUUCCGGAGGACAAUCCUAAAGCUUCAUCAACUUCCUUUGUUACCAUGACAACCUCCACAACCACCACCACCACCACGCUCAGAGAGACAACAAAGGCUUCACACACUGACAGACCAGGUUGUCCAUGGCGAGCUGAGCUCACCUUUGUUGCCGGGGUAUCCAGGGAGGACCUGAAAGAGAGCAGUCUGUCCCAGGAUGCACAGAGAGGAGAGGACCUUAGGGAAAGCACCCUGUCUGUGUGGAAACUGCAGCCCUGUGUGUUUGAGCUCUGCAAGUUCUACAACCAGUGCCUGUGCCGAAUACACACCUACAGCCGACUCCAGCUCUGUGAUGGAAUAGACAGCAUGGCGUCUUAA